CACUGGAACGAAGUGGAAAUUUCAAGAUGGCGGCAUUGCAUGCUCGUUAGUUCAUAAGAUUUUAUUUGAUUAUUCGACUAUUCGUGGCAAUUACAUGCGACUGCUUCUUUCGAAAGGAAAAUAAGUUAAGGUUUAUAAUGCCAUAAAUAAAAAGCAAAUAUUUAUACUUCGACGUAAACACAAAAGCAAUGGAGGAGUUGGAACAGUUAGAAAGACUCUCGCUUGUCUCGAAGAUUUGCACAGAGUUGGAGAAUCAUUUGGGUAUUAAUGACAAGGACCUUGCCGAGUUUAUUAUUAUGCUUGGAGAAACCAAUGAGACACUGGGGAAGUUUAAAGCUGCACUGAAACAAAAUGGAGCAGAAUUUCCUGAUUCAUUUUCUUCCAAUCUGCUGCGUCUUAUCCAACAAAUGAAACCAACAUCUGGAGCACAAACUGACAGCAAAAUAAACGAUGAUUUUGCCGGAGACAACGAAGAGUUAUCGAAAAAAAGACAGAAAUUCCAUGGCCUCUGUUUGCCAGACGAAGAACCAAAAUCGGAGGAAGUAGAGAAAUCAGUUGAUAAAGAUGAAGCAGUUGUUUCUCAAGCAAUGGGAGAGCUGGAAGCACUAAUGGCUAAAGCAAAAGAAGAUGAGAGCAAAGUAAAAAGCAAAAAUACAGAACGUGAGAGCAGUCGCAGUCCACGUAGACAGCGAAGGCGAUCUCGCAGCAGAAGUAAAGAACGGAGGAGUCGAAGAUCUCGGUCUCGAAGCCACGACAGAGAUCGCGACAAGAGAAGACGACGAUCAAGAAGUAAUGAAAGGAAAGGUCGUGAUGAUGAUCGACACAGCAGGAGAAGAAGCGACGAUAGACGCCAUGGAGGAUCAUCUCGGGUUGAAAAACCUCCACCAGAUAAACCUACCGUUAACCAGAUUUACGAUGGACGGGUUACUGGAAUCAUGCAGUUUGGAUGCUUUGUUCAGUUGGAGGGUCUUCGCGGGAAAAAUGAAGGCCUUGUGCACAUCUCAGAGCUUCGACGAGAAGGAAGAGUGGCUAAUGUUGCUGAUGUGGUAAGCCGUGGUAAUAAAGUCAAGGUUAAAGUUCUAUCUAUGACUGGAACCAAAAUUAGUCUGAGUAUAAAGGAUGUCGAUCAAAGCACAGGGGAAGACUUGAAUCCAACGAGGAUGCGGCACAAUAUGCCAGGCGAUUCAUCCGCAAUGACGAGAAACCCAGACAGACCUUCAGUGGCAUCAGUACCUGUUUACGACGAUGAUUCCGCAAGGGAAAAACGUAAAGUGCAACGUGUCACCUCGCCAGAAAAAUGGGAAAUCAAGCAGCUUAUAUCUGCUGGGGUUUUGGACAAGGCUGAUUACCCUGACUUCGAUGACGAGACUGGAGUAUUACCACAACGAGAGGACGACUCGGAUGAAGAUGUCGAAAUUGAAUUGGUCGAAGAGGAACCUCCAUUCCUAAAUGGACAAACCAAGUUAAGCGUUGAUAUGAGUCCUGUUAAAAUAGUCAAGAAUCCCGACGGUUCUCUCCAGAGAGCAGCCAUGACUCAAACUGCACUUGCAAAAGAACGACGUGAAUUGAAACAAGCUCAAAGAGAAGAGCAAGCGAAUUCUGUACCGAAAGAUCUUGGAAAGCUGUGGGUUGAUCCCGUGCCUUCUGGUGACGAUGACCGACCACAGUUUGCGCAAGAAGCAAAGGGAAUUGGACUGUCUGCGAAAGAUGACAUGCCCGAAUGGCGUAAGGCUUCUUUUGGAGGCAAGAAAGUAUCGUAUGGCAAGAAAACAAAUCUCUCUAUCUUGGAACAGAGACAAAGUUUGCCCAUAUAUAAACUUAGAGAUGAAUUAGUCAAGGCGGUGCACGAUAACCAACUACUCAUAGUUAUUGGAGAAACGGGCAGUGGUAAAACUACUCAAAUAACACAAUAUGUUGCCGAGGCCGGCCUGGCGUCGGUAGGCAAAAUCGGAUGCACUCAACCUCGUCGUGUUGCGGCCAUGUCGGUUGCGAAGAGAGUCUCGGAAGAAUUCGGUUGUCGUUUAGGUCAAGAGGUUGGAUACACCAUUCGUUUUGAAGAUUGCACCAGUCCUGAAACAAAGAUCAAAUACAUGACGGAGGGUAUGUUGCUGCGGGAGUGUUUAAUCGAUCCAAACCUCACGCAGUACUCAAUGGUCAUGUUGGAUGAAGCACACGAAAGGACUAUUCAUACGGAUGUCUUGUUUGGUCUGAUGAAAAAAGCCGUGAAGAAAAGGCCCGACCUGAAAUUGAUCGUCACUUCGGCAACGCUCGAUGCUGUUAAGUUCUCGACGUAUUUCUUCGAGGCUCCAAUAUUCACGAUUCCCGGUCGUACAUUCCCCGUGGAAAUAUUGUAUACAAAAGAGGCCGAGACUGAUUAUCUUGAUGCAGCUUUGGUCACAGUCAUGCAGAUCCAUCUGACGGAACCGCCUGGUGAUAUCCUCGUCUUUUUAACAGGUCAGGAGGAGAUUGACACAUCGUGUGAGAUCCUUUAUGAACGUAUGAAAUCUCUUGGUCCGGAAGUACCUGAGCUCAUUAUCUUACCUGUGUACAGCGCAUUGCCAAGUGAGAUGCAGACUAGAAUUUUUGAGCCCGCACCACCCGGAAGUAGAAAGGUUGUCAUCGCGACAAAUAUCGCUGAAACAUCUUUGACGAUCGACGGCAUCUAUUACGUUGUUGACCCUGGCUUCGUUAAACAGAAAGUGUAUAACUCCAAGAGUGGUAUGGAUGCCUUGGUAGUUACUCCAAUUUCACAGGCCCAGGCUAAACAGCGAUCGGGGCGAGCAGGUCGAACAGGGCCGGGGAAAUGCUACAGACUGUACACAGAGCGAGCAUAUCGUGAUGAAAUGCUACAAACUGCUGUACCAGAGAUUCAGCGUACAAACCUGACUAGCACAAUCUUGUCAUUGAAAGCCAUGGGAAUUAACGAUUUACUGGCAUUUGAUUUCAUGGAUCCUCCUCCAAUGGAGACGAUGAUCACAGCAAUGGAGCAGUUGCACUCGCUUGGUUCGCUAGAUGAUGAAGGUCUCUUGACAAGACUUGGUCGAAGGAUGGCUGAGUUCCCUCUUGAGCCACCCUUAUCAAAAAUGUUGAUACAGUCUGUCCAUCUGGGCUGCAGCGAUGAAAUUCUCACAAUUGUUUCCAUGUUGUCCGUUCAGAACGUCUUUUACCGUCCCAAGGAGAAACAAGCUCUUGCAGACCAGAAAAAGGCGAAGUUCCAUCAAGGUGAAGGGGAUCACAUCACGUUGCUGGCUGUGUAUAAUUCUUGGAAGAAUAACAAAUUUUCGAACCCGUGGUGUUUCGAAAACUUCAUACAGGCGAGAUCUCUGAGAAGAGCUCAAGAUAUUCGAAAACAGAUGCUUGGCAUCAUGGACAGGCACAAGCUGGAUAUCGUGUCGUGUGGAAAGAACGUCAACCGCGUUCAGAAAGCAAUAUGCAGCGGUUUCUUCCGAAAUGCGGCUCGAAAGGACCCACAGGAGGGUUACAGGACAUUAGUGGAUAAUCAAGUUGUAUACAUUCAUCCUUCGAGUGCGCUGUUCAACCGCCAGCCUGACUGGGUUAUCUAUCAUGAACUAGUAUUAACUACUAAAGAGUACAUGAGAGAAUGUACUGCAAUAGAUCCGAAAUGGCUUGUUGAGUUUGCGCCAUCAUUUUUCAAGGUAGGAGAUCCAACGAAACUGAGUAAACGAAAGAGGCAGGAACGCCUGGAACCACUCUACAACAGAUACGAGGAGCCAAACGCCUGGCGUAUUUCAAGGGCAUUUCGAAGACGAUGAAAGAACAAAAUACAUGCUCUUGAUACUGGUCUAUGGCGUUAUACGUAUUUUGGCUGGACAGCUAUAUAUAAAGUAAUUCACCAACUAAAAGGAUUUGAAAGAUGUUUCUAUCCACAGACAAAAAGCUGCAGAACCUGCAAGCAAUGAUACUUGGUUUUAUUAGCUAAAGUGAUAAAGAUAAGCUAACCUAAGCUAAUGUACAAAGAUUGGCUAUGGGCCUUCCUUAUUUUGCUCAGCCUAUAAAAUCACCAGUUUUGACACCAAUGUAUUUGUCCUAGCUUGGGUUUUACAGUGCUCGCCAUCUGCCGGACGGUGCUUUUUAAGCUCAACAAGAAUCGUAACUCAAAUUAUAUGCCUAAUCGUACACCUAUCAGAAUUAUAACUCAAAUUAUAUGCCUAAUCGUACACUUUAACGUAAAGUUUCUCUGUAUUCACUUACACUGUUGAACACGAAUGUUAGAGCGGUUUAUACUAUAGGUGCAAUUUUUUUAACAUGCGAUCAAAAAGCAGAUACAUGCACUUAAUUAAAUGCACUUAAACUAAAAGCGAUGACAAUUAA